UUGAGCACACGUUUGUUUCGGUUACGGCAGAAAACUGUCACGUUAUAAAAGGCCAACAAAUAAAAAAAACCGCAAAUUCUGGUCUUAAAAUUGAAGCAGAAAAAAAGUUUUUUUUUUCUUUUGGCAAAACAAGUGAAACUGAAAACAGAAAAGUGUACAUGCACAGUUAUCACAGCGAAAGGAAAAAUAAAAAGAAAUUGGUGGUAGUUGUUGUUAUAGUAUAAAUGCGUAAUACAACAGCAACAACAAAAAGAAGACCAGGAAAAUUCAUUUGCAAUAAAUUAUAAAAGAAAAGAGGAUAAAGUAAAUAUUAAUCAACAUUGACGUCCAACAUUAAUCAACAGUGGAAAACAACCAUAAAAGCCAUCGUCAACAUUAAGCAGACAACUUAAAAUCAACCACCCACCAAACCCAUAAACACCGUUAGACAGACAGACUCACUCUAAUACCGUCAGCUAAAAACCACACAAAACUCAAGAAAUCAGCAAAAAAAAAAAUAAAGGAAAAACUAUAGAAAACUUAUGCCACCUGAAAAAGAAGAACAAUAAAGACAAUUAAAUACAAGCAACAAAAUAAAGUCCGGGAAACUAACAAAAUUUCAAGAGCAAAGAAAAGUGGAAAUUUAUCCAUACAUUUGGAGAAAAAUACAACCAAUAUAACUAGAAAAAAAAGGCACUGUCUUAUUUCAUACCCAAAGGUAUAAAAAGUUAUUGCACUGGCGGCUCAUUUCCAUCAACACAACAAAACUUCUCAACAAGAACAGCAGCCCCAACGCCACCAUCAUCAACACCAACAACGUGCUGGCACUGGCGGCAUCGUUACCAACAGCACAGUGCCCAACGUUAUUAUGGAGGGGCCAGAGGUGACAUUUCUCUUUCAAUUUGGCAGCAUACGUGAUGCAGUUUCAGUAGCUGCCAACGUUUUAACAUUGAAAACACUCAAGGAUUUGGCUUGUGAAUUUAUCAAUACAAAGAUACCCGACAGUGGUUUGACCUACCUCUCAGAACGUAUAUUGCUAUUUCGUCAUGAUUACAACAGUCCAAAUGUUCUGCACAUCAUCAAUUCCGCCGGAGAUGUGGUAGAUGAAACUUUAGUGGAAAUUGUUCUCACAGCAAGCCCGAUUCUAUAUCCAACAUCGGAUAUGCCAACAUUAAAGCCACACAACCUAAAUGUUCACUCAUACAAGGCGCCGACAUUCUGUGAUUUCUGUGGUGAAAUGUUAUUUGGUUUAGUGCGUCAAGGUCUUAAAUGUGAUGGUUGUAGUCAAAAUUAUCAUAAACGUUGUGUAGUUAAAAUACCCAAUAAUUGUAAUCGAGCCAAUGAUCUGAAUAACUCCUCCAAACGUUCCUCACUGCUGCAGCCACCCAGAAGUCCUUCGGGCGGUUCAACACAAUCUCUAAUUUCGAAUGACGAUCAACAUGCCAAAAAUGAUUCAGGGAGUUCUCUGAAUGUGCCAAUUUACCAUAGAAGUCAUCAACGUUCUUCCUCGGCCGGUAGUCGAAAUGGCCAGCUGAUACCCAAUACGGGGGGUAUAUGUGCCACAACGUCAGCCUAUCAGAAUAUACGUAUUCCCCAUACGUUUAUGGUGCACACCUAUGGUAUACCGACUGUCUGUCAAUAUUGUAAAAAGCUACUGAAAGGCCUUUUCAAACAGGGUCUACAAUGCCGUGAUUGCCAAUAUAAUACACAUAAGAAAUGCAUGGAUAAAGUACCACAAGACUGUACCGGUGAGAGACAAUUGAGUCAUGGUGACUACAAUGAAUCGCUGUACACGCCCACACAUGGCCAACAUAAAGAUCGUGAUAAUUUCUUUAAGGAGGAGUUUGAUGAUAGCGAUUUCGAUGACAAUGCCUCAACUGAUUACACUAACACCAGAACGGGUUAUGCUGGCAAUAAUAUUAUGGCCGUUAAACAGGGUCGAAUGGGUAAUGUAAUGGGCGCUAAGACCACCACAAAUGCUCAUAAUUCACCACCCGAAUUGGUUAAUGGUCUGGCGGCCACAGAUGUCAAACGUUCGUCAUACACUAGAGAUUCGAGAUGUGUGGCCGAGGGACAAUCUGUCGACGGACAAUCAGAACAAUCAAGUUCAUCAUCAUCACCUAGUGCCAAUAUACCCCUAAUGCGUAUCGUGCAAUCAGUUAAACACACCAAGAAACGUGGUGGCCAGGCCAUUAAAGAGGGCUGGCUGGUACAUUUCACCAGCCUAGAUAAUACAGUGAAACGUUAUUUCUGGCGCUUGGAUUCAAAGACCAUAACACUGUUUAUAUCGGAACAGGGUAGUAAAUAUCACAAGGAGAUCCCACUGGCCGAUAUUCAGGUCAUAGAGACCAACAAUGAUGUAAAGGUGGAAAAUAAUUAUUGUUUUGAAAUACGUACCGCCAACGUCAGCUACUUUGCGGGCCAAGAUCCUUUGGCGGGCGUAAGGGAGGAACAAGCAGUACGUUUACCACCACCCGACAGUGGUAUUGGUACGGAUAUAGCCAAAAGUUGGGAAACAACAAUUAAACAGGCCUACAUGCAUGUCACCAAUACACAAUGUUGUGAAUCCGAGGAUAAUAUCCAAGAUAUGGGUCAAUUAUAUCAAAUAUUCCCCGAUGAAGUUUUAGGCUCCGGCCAAUUUGGUAUAGUUUAUGGCGGUGUUCAUAAGAAAACUAAGAGAGAAGUGGCCAUUAAGGUCAUUGAUAAAUUAAGAUUUCCCACGAAACAAGAAGCUCAAUUAAAGAAUGAAGUUGCCAUAUUACAGAACAUUUCCCAUUGUGGCGUUGUGAAUCUCGAACGUAUGUUCGAAACACCCGAAAGAAUAUUUGUGGUCAUGGAAAAACUCAAGGGUGACAUGUUGGAAAUGAUACUCUCCCACGAAAGAGGACGUCUCAGCGAAAGAGUAACGAAAUUUCUCAUCACACAAAUUCUUAUUGCUCUCAAACAUCUACACAGUCAAAAUAUAGUGCAUUGUGAUCUAAAGCCCGAAAAUGUAUUGCUGUCAUCCGAUGCCGAAUUUCCACAAGUAAAAUUGUGUGAUUUUGGUUAUGCGCGCAUUAUAGGAGAGAAAUCUUUCAGAAGAUCGGUGGUGGGCACACCAGCCUAUUUGGCCCCCGAGGUUUUGCGCAAUAAAGGCUAUAAUCGUUCUUUGGAUAUGUGGAGUGUGGGUGUGAUUAUCUAUGUAAGUCUGAGUGGUACCUUCCCGUUCAAUGAAGAGGAGGACAUAAACGAUCAAAUACAAAAUGCGGCCUUCAUGUAUCCGCCAAAUCCCUGGAAGGAAAUAUCAUCUAAUGCCAUUGAUUUGAUUAACAAUUUGCUGCAAGUGAAACAACGAAAACGUUAUACGGUCGACAAGAGUCUGCAGCAUUAUUGGCUGCAGGACAAACAAACCUAUCGUGAUUUGCGCAAUUUAGAAGGUCAAGUGGGUACACGCUAUUUAACACACGAGGCUGAUGACAUGAGAUGGGCUAGCACCGGUGAUAUGUGACCUGUUAAUGGUCAAACUACAAAUGCUGUUACCAACACCAAUCCAUCAGAAUCACAGCCAACACAAUCAUCUGCACAGCCCCAACAAAUCCCAGAAACACCUCAACUAGAAGAGCUAGCAAAGCAACAGGAAGUGCCACAACA